AUGCGUGCCCACAAUGACUUAAUGUACAUUCCCAAACCAAAAGCCGUGGAUGAACCAGGAGGUACGGCAUCUGCUGCACUCAAGUCCAGCAACCCAGGCCUAUACCAGAAAACCAGCUUUCAUAAUUCGAAGUACCUCAGAAUCUUACGACAGAAAUCCCAUUUUCAUGGAACUGAACAAUGGUUCGUCCAGAGGCUGGAUCACUUCAAUGCCACUGAUCUGAGGGUAUGGAACCAGAGAUACUAUAUCAAUGAUACAUUUUAUCAACCUGGUGGUCCUGUUUUUUUGAUGAUUGGUGGUGAGGGCACUGCAAACCCAGCCUGGAUGGACCAUGGCUCCUGGAUAACAUUUGCUGAAAAGUUAGGUGCUCUGUGUCUUCUUAUAGAGCAUCGAUUUUACGGAAAAAGCCAACCAACAGUGGACUUGAGUCUAUCAAGUCUUCAAUACCUCCACAGUAAACAGGCCCUUGCAGACCUUGCCCACUUUCGAGCAGUGAUAGACAGAAAAAUGAACCUUACCCUCAACAAAUGGAUUGCUUUCGGAGGCUCCUACCCAGGAUCCCUUGCUGCCUGGUUUAGACUGAAGUACCCACAUCUAGUCUAUGCUGCCAUCGCAUCCAGUGCACCAGUUCAAGCUGUUAUCAACUUUUCAGAGUAUUUGGAAGUGGUUAAUUAUGUUUUGGAAAGUUACAGUACCACUUGUCCUCUACUUGUGAAGGAUGCAUCUGAUACACUCAUAGGAUUGUUGCCAAACACUGCCAAGUAUCGCCAGAUUACACAAGAUUUCCAGUUAUGUGACCCACUUGAAAUAAAAUCUGGAAUGGAUUCUGCUUAUUUAUUGGAGACAUUGGCUGGGAAUUUCAUGGAUGUGGUUCAAUAUAAUAAGGACAACAGAGUUUUUGAGGUAAGAGGCGGUGUUCAUGGUGCCAACAUUACAAUUGACGUGCUCUGUACGAUAAUGGAGAAUCCUUCCUUGGGUAUACCGUACAAGAGAUAUGCAAAGGUUUCUCAGCUCCUACUGGAUACAUAUGAAGAAAAAUGUCUGGACGCAAGUUACAGCAAGUUUUUAUCUGAUAUGUUGAACACUUCCUGGGCUGCUCCAGCAGCAGAUGGAAGCAGACAAUGGGCUUAUCAGUCGUGUACAGAAUUUGGAUAUUAUCAGUCAACUGAAUCCCUGCAGCAGCCUCUUGCUGGUUUUCCCCUCAGUUACAAACUGCAGCAAUGCAUGGAUUUAUUUGGUCCUGCAUUCAAUCAUACUGUACUUGCUGAUGCUGUACAGCACACCAAUGAAAACUAUGGAGGUACUAACAUUAAAGGAAGUCGAAUAGUUUUUCCAAAUGGCUCAAAGGAUCCCUGGCAUGUACUGAGCAUUACCAAAGGUCAUAGAGCUAUUUACAUUCAAGGUUCAGCACAUUGCGCAGACAUGUACCCAGAACGACAAAGUGACCUGCCACAGCUCAGAAAGGCAAGAAACGAGAUUUUUCGGCGCCUGAAAACCUGGGUUAAACAAUAA